AUGAAUUUUUUUGAAGAAGUAGGCAACGAUAAACAGUCGGACUCUUCCUCAACGGCCGCAGCACUAGGAUUUUUCAACAAAAUGGAAUCGUUCGGAUUUUAUUUCAAUUUACAUCUUCUAAUUUCCGUUUUCGAGGGAGUGGAGCGUCUAAAUGCAGAAUUGCAGAAAAAGGAGUUGAGUGUCAACGAAUCCCACAGAAAAGUUUACAUCGUAAAAGAAUCUUUUAGCAGUCUACGCGAAAAAGGUUUUAGUGAAUUGUGGCAUGAUGCCGAAUCUGGAGCCGCAAAAUUGAGACUACAAAGUCCAACACUUCCUAGACUGCGACUGCGUAAAGUGCCUCGUAGACUUGACAGCGGCAGUUCACAUGAAUAUUCAACGCCUCGCAAAUAUUUCGAAAAACUUUUUUAUGAAGUCAUAGAUCUUACCUUAACAUCUUUAAAUGAUCGCUUUCAAUCAGACACCAUUAAUUUUCUGAAUGCCGUUGAGGAUUUUAUACUUAAGAAAUUGGGGAUGUCAGAAAAUGUCGUUACGUCGUUUUAUAAUAUAAAUGGGGAGGAAGAAUUCGAUCCUGAGCGUCUAAGAUUACAUAGGGACAUGUUAUUGGAUGCAAUGCAAUCAGCUGGAAUAAGUAGUCCUAAUUGCAUAAUGGAUGUUGUCCAAUUUCUGAGAGCCAAUCCUGAAGUUGCCUCAUUAAUUCCAGAAAUCAAGAAACUGUGCAGAAUUAUUCUUACCAUCCCUGCUUCGACUUGUACGGCAGAAAGAUCUUUUUCUGCACUUCACAGGCUGAAUACCUAUUUGCGUUCGAAUUUAAGGCAAGAUCGACUCAAUCAUGUAGCCGUUCUCCAUGUACAUCGGGAUUAUACUGCGGCGUUGGAUUUAAAACCCCUGAUGAAGGAGUGGAUUUCGCGAUCUGCGCAACAUUCUUCUACUUUUUCGAUGGCAAUGUAA